AUGGAUGAGCGUCCAGGCCCUUCAAAAAUACUUAGCGAUGAUCCAAAUUUUGCUGAUCCUGUAAUGGAAUGGCUAGAUGAAUGCGACAGUGACACGCAUAAUGAAAGUGAAACCAAAAGUAAACACGAUUCGGAUUCAGAGCAAUCGACGGGGAAUACCGAAGCAAGCAAUAGCUACAAACUUUGA